UAAAUGUUUCCCCCGAUAUUCAACACGGAGACCUCGUCAAGCCUCAUUCCGCGAAGGCACACAUAUAUAAAAAGGCAUAAUAAAACUGCAUUAAAAUGCCGUGUGGCAGAAAUUUUAGGAGGAGGAGGAACUCGUCAGAUGUGGAAGAAGACGAGACAACCCAAGAAGUCAGGUCAAAAGUAGAAGAGGCGAAAGAGCUUCAGAGUUUGCGGAAACGACAGACAGGAGUCAGUUUGACCGCCUUGUUGGUUGGAGAGAAACUGCCACCAGAAGCUGAAAUCGAUAAUGACCCCUUUAAACUGAAGACUGGAGGAGUUGUGGACAUGAAGAAGGUGAAAGACAGGAACAGAGACAUGACAGAAGAUGAAACGGACCUGAACCUGGGCACGUCGUUCUCAGCUGAGACCAACAGAAGAGACGAGGAUGCAGACAUGAUGAAAUAUAUCGAGACGGAGCUAAAAAAGAAGAAGGGCAUGGUGGAGGCUGAGGAACAGAAAAUUAAGGUGAAGAAUGCAGAGGACCACCUGUAUGAGCUGCCUGAGAACAUCCGAGUCAACUCUGCCAAGAAGACAGAGGAGAUGUUGUCCAAUCAGAUGCUGAGCGGGAUCCCGGAGGUUGAUCUUGGCAUUGAUGCCAAGAUAAAGAACAUCAUCCAGACGGAGGAUGCAAAAGCCAAGCUUAUAGCAGAACAGAGGAACAAGAAAAAAGACAACGGCACAUCAUUUGUUCCCACUAACAUCGCCGUCAACUACGUCCAACACAACCGCUUCUACCAUGAGGAUGUGAACGCACCACAGAGGCACCACAGACACAGAGAAGAGCCCAAAGCAAGACCACUGCGUGUGGGCGACACGGAGAAACCAGGUCCAGAAGUGUCUGCAUCACCACCCAACUACCGCAAGAGACCAAACAACGAGAAGGCCACAGAUGACUACCACUACGAGAAGUUCAAGAAGAUGAAUCGAAGAUAUUGAUGGGCUGGAGUUUUUUCCCCUAAAUUUAUGCAGCAUGAUGUCAUCUUCCUAGAGAGAUAUUGUGGAAUGAUCCCUCCAACAACUGUAAAUAGCUCCCCGUGGUUAUGUGACUACAGUACAUCUGCUAUGUGAUGUGUAAUGUUGGAUUAUACAUUUCACCCGACUGAUUUUUUUAUUAUGUGGUUCAUUGUGAUCAGGAUAGUGUGAUAACCUAGAAAGAAGUGACCAGAAUACGUUAAUGUUUCCAGGAAGGACAUGCAACUUAUCAGACUUGGUGUCCUGCUUUGAAUCGGAGUUCAGCUGUUUAUAACAAGUCUAGUCUUUUAUUUGCAGAUUUGUGUUUUUGAGGCAGACACAGGUUAAAAAAGGAUAAAAUAUUUGACUUAUUCUCAUUCUAUAUUUUUUUUUUCAUCAGAUCUUGGCGAGUACAAAAAAAAGCACAGAUAACUUUACGAAAAGCAAACUUUUACAAGAUAAAUCUAAGUACAUACACUCAUAUUCAAUAGUGUUGAAUUGAAUACUUCAAAGGUAAACUAAGUUCUCUGCGUUUAUAUUUAAGCUUCCAUAUAAUACUGUGUGAUUCUUGUUUCUGUUCUUCAUUUUAUCCUUUUCCUGAAAUGCCUGUUAAUAAAUCCUCCAUUCCAAA